CACACAGUCGCGGGGAGCUUGACCCUCGCCUCGCUGGGGAUGAGGGCGCCCCCUUCCCCACGUCAGCUCCGGCCCGUCUCCCCCAGCCUUCUGGCCGAGACAGACCAACUUCAACCGCUGACCGCGGCUGACAAUUAAUUAAGAGGGGAAAAAGUAGCCGCUUGUUUCCUUGGGUGAUGCCCAGACCUGGAGACAGGGCCGUGUCUGGGGAAGAGAUGGUGACGGGUAGGGGGAAAAGGUUUGCUGUGGACCCUUAAAGCUGGAGUUAGGGAGGAGUUCAGGGUUGGAACUCUACGGUGGAUGGCCUGUGUGCGUCUGUGUUCAUUAUGGACUGUGGGAAAUCGUUCAGGAACUCGUUUUGAAAAGGAGUGGAGGGAUGGUCAUCUUUACCACGGAGGAUGGGAAGUUGAUGCCCAGUAAGACUGAGAAUCCAUUUUGCUAAUGGACACUCUUUCCUUUUGGAACUGUGGAUUACCUGUGGCUGCCUGGUGAUUUCACACCUUCACUCACACCUGUGAUCCCAGAACACUGACUUCAGGUCCUCGUUGCCCAGUUUGGUGAAAGAUGGCAUCCAGCCUGACCUGUACCGGGGUGAUCUGGGCUUUCCUCUCUUUUCUUUGUGCUGCCACCUCCUGUGUGGGCUUCUUUAUGCCCUACUGGCUCUGGGGAUCACAGCUGGGCAAGCCAGUGUCCUUCGGUACUUUCCGGAGAUGCUCCUAUCCGGUGCACGACGAGAGUCGGCAGAUGAUGGUGAUGGUGGAGGAAUGUGGGCGCUAUGCCUCCUUCCAGGGCAUCCCCAGCACAGAAUGGAGAAUCUGUACCAUAGUCACCGGCCUGGGUUGUGGCUUGCUUCUCCUGGUGGCGCUCACGGCCCUCAUGGGUUGUUGUGUAUCAGAGCUCAUCUCCAGGACAGUAGGAAGAGUGGCCGGAGGAAUUCAGUUUCUGGGGGGCUUGUUGAUUGGUGCUGGCUGUGCCCUCUACCCGCUGGGCUGGGACAGUGAGGAGGUUCGGCAGACUUGUGGCUACAUUUCUGGCCAGUUUGACUUGGGGAAGUGUGAAAUCGGCUGGGCCUACUACUGCACGGGCGCAGGGGCUGCCGCCGCCAUGCUGCUGUGCACCUGGCUGGCUUGCUUCUCCGGCAAGAAGCAGAAGCACUACCCCUACUGAUGGAGCCCGGCAGCCAACAGAGGAGGCGGCCCAGGGGCUGGAAGGGGCCGAGCAUCCUUCAGAAGGUGGAAUAGUGGUUCUCAUCCAACGCCAUGCUAAGGAAGCGAAACCUAAUGGAAUCAGGAGCAAUACAUAGGAAGGAAAGGUUGUAGAAGAUGUGUGGGGAAAUACGGAGCGAAUGGAAUGAUGGAGAGAAGUGGACCAAAGGUUAGAAAUGUUGCAGAGUGUUGGGUAAUUCUAUUCCACAAAUUAUUGUUAAUGUAUAUCACACACACGCACACACACACACACACACACACACACACACAGCAGAUCUAUAUAUGCAAACAAGGAUUUUUGUCUUUGUUAUGUUUUGUUUGUUAAAGGUGAAGAUGUGGGAGACUCAAAAGGGCUAGUAGAAACAAUAUCAAAUGGGAAGCAGGGUACCCCGCAGGCGUUCCCUGUAGGUGAUGACACACCAGAAAGCACACGCGUACACGCACACAUGCACAUCCAUACACACGCUCCUCCCUCACCCCUAGAUCAUCACACAGACUUCAAGGGAAGGUUACCAGUGCAUCAUUCCUCCAUUUUUUUAAAAAGUAUUGAUUGAAAAUAUAGUAUUACCACUUUAUAAAGCAAACACUAAACCUAAGAAAUGGACCAAUAAGCCACUCUGUCAGUAUUUGUGUAUCCUGGAUAAACUUCAUACCCUCAUCAUAUUCUCAGUGUUUAUACAGACGCUUAGAUUUAAGCCUUCAUAUUUCAAUAUUAUUCAAAGAUAUGCAAUAUUUCUCUAGAAGCUUCUGCUAUGAUAUGCUUAUGAAAGAAAGGGGCAGCUUUCUGUCCACUGGAGGAGAGAAUUCGAUUGAAGAUACGAGAAAAAGGAGAGUCAUUUUCCAGUCAUUAGAUCUUGGUUUCUUUUGUCCAUUAUUGUAAUGUGCUAUACCACAUGUAUUUCAAUAUUCAUUUUGUAAAAAUUAUAAAGUGCUAUUUUGUUUGUAUUUGAAAAACUCUGUGAAUAAAUUCUCUCUUUGAUCAAUA